GAUAAUGCCUUCUUCUAGUAGGGAAAUACCAACUUUUUAUCUAUCUAUAGAUAUUUCCACAUAUUCUUCCAAUACAAAUCCCCCAUGCCUUUAAUCACUCCCUUCAAGGUUUUCAUGGAGAAAAAGAAACCUAAAGGUGGUGACAGCACUGGUGAUUUAGCCCUAGUAAAGGCGGCUGCAUGGGCAUGGUACCAACAUGGAUCAGGGUCAGAAGGAAAGCCUAUGUGUGAAUCUUAUGUUACAAGUACUCGUCGAGCUCCAAGACCGUCAAGAUACAAGCUAGAAGAUAUGAGAUUGAGAGUGAAGGAAGAUACCAUGGAUGGCUCAGGAGCACCUAGUCCAAUCGGUGCAGAUAAUUCUCUACUUGACAACUAUGAGGUAGAGAGCAUUUCAAAGCACCUUGACUAUCUUAUGGAGUCAAGCAGCAAGAGAUCUUAUGGCGUCGAGAUCUUUGAUAGAGAUGAUCAUCUUCAUCGCGGAAAAAGUAUUUCAUUAUUGGAUAGCGAUCAAACUUGUGGAAUGAAGCAGAAGAAGAACAAGUCGAAAUUUUUCUUACAAGGUUGGUGGCUAAGACAUUCGGUUGUUUGUGGCACAAGGGAAGAUGUGGUGAACAUACAAGAGCUUUAGCGCGCUGCGGCAGCAGCCGGAAAGGCAUAUUCCGGUAGUUGGGCUGUUGCCAGUCGAGCCUCAAGAACUGCCAAUGGUGGGUGAAUGUACAGGAGCUUCUUAAAUUGUUACCUACACUAACUUUUAUCUCUUCUAUGACUUUUUUCCCUUCUUUUCUUUUUUUCAAUGGAAACACUUAAAUAUUACACUACGAAA